GCGGGGGCGGGGUCUGCCGCUCUCUCCCUCCGACUUGUCCCCGGCCCCGGCCCUGCCCUCUGGCCCGUGCUUAUAACCCGGCAUGCGCGCCGCAACCAGCCCUGCGCCGCCGCCUGCCUCCCGGGAUGGAUCAAAUCGGCCCUGGGCUUUGAUCCCUCCCCGCCACGCCCAGGCUGGUGACGGAAGGGGGCAGGUUCUGGAGGCCCGCAGACCCCAGCCCGGAAGGCAGGCCACAACUCCACAACUGGACGAGAUGUCCGGCAAAGGCUCCGUGGUUCUGGCCUACAGCGGGGGCCUGGACACCUCCUGCAUCCUCGUGUGGCUGAAGGAGCAGGGCUAUGACGUCAUUGCCUACCUGGCCAACAUCGGCCAGAAGGAAGACUUUGAGGAAGCCAGGAAGAAGGCGCUGAAGCUUGGGGCUAAAAAGGUGUUCAUCGAGGAUGUCAGCAAGGAGUUUGUGGAGGAGUUCGUCUGGCCCGCCAUCCAGUCCAGCGCACUGUACGAGGACCGCUACCUCCUGGGUACCUCUCUCGCCAGGCCCUGCAUUGCCCGCAGACAGGUGGAGAUCGCCCAGCAGGAGGGAGCCAAGUACGUGUCGCAUGGCGCCACAGGAAAGUCCAAAAUCAAGGUGUUGGCUGCCAUGCUCCCCCUGAAGGUGCUAGGGAAGGGCCGCUUCCGGGCUCUCCCCUGGCUUCGGGUAGCUCAGGUGUCCUUGGCUUGUAUCUACGAGACCCCAGCGGGGACGAUCCUUUACCACGCUCAUUUAGACAUCGAGGCCUUCACCAUGGAUCGGGAAGUGCGAAAAAUCAAACAAGGCCUGGGCUUGAAAUUCGCCGAGCUGGUGUACACGGGUUUCUGGCACAGCCCCGAGUGUGAAUUUGUCCGCCACUGCAUCGCCAAGUCCCAGGAGCACGUGGAAGGGAAAGUGCGGGUGUCCGUCUUCAAGGGCCAGGUGUACAUCCUCGGCCGGGAGUCCCCACUGUCCCUCUACAACGAGGAGCUGGUGAGCAUGAAUGUGCAGGGAGAUUACGAGCCAGCUGAUGCCACUGGUUUCAUCAACAUCAACUCCCUCAGGCUGAAGGAAUAUCAUCGCCUCCAGAGCAAGGUCACCGCCAAAUAACCCGGCUGACAGUGGGGAGCUGGGCCUCCUCGCUUUGCCCAUCUCCCAAGUGCAGCCGCUAAUUGCUGUGAUAAUUUGUAGUUGUGACUUGUCCUCCAGGGCUGGCAGUGCGGUGUGGGUGCCAGGCCCUGGCUUUGUUCCCUGGUCCCCUGGAGCCUGCAGAAGUGGUCAGCAAGCGGAAGGGGUGGGGGCUGCAGUCAGGAGCUGUAAAAUGACGAUUAAAAAAAAAUGAUAC